AUCCCACUAAUAUAUAUAUUUUUUAUGGUAAAGAGGUAGAAAAGCAGGAGAGAAUCCAAAUCCAUCUUAACUCUCACAAGUAUUGUAGCGAGGAAGAGAAAGAGAAUGGUGAAAGAAAGCGAAUUAGAGAGCGUGACAAUUCCUGAAUCACCAAUAGAAUCACUCAACCGUACUUUGCACAACGUUGAACAACUUGAAACCCAAUUGCCCCAAUUCCUUACCCUAUCAGACCCUGAUCUCCUCUCUCAAUUACCACUCUUUCAACGCGCUCAUUCUCUCUUCUCUCUCGCCAAACUCACUUCCACCCUCUUCUCAUUGAAGUUGAAGUGCAGAGGGAUUAACCCAAAUGACCACCCUUUUAAAUCUGAGCUUGAUAGGUUAACUUUGUGUCAAAAGAGACUGGAAGACCUUCCUGAUUUGAGUGAAGAGCAGUGGCAAGACAUGGUGGACAAAAGUAGAAGGGAGGAGCUACAAAUGAACUAUGAGGAGCAGACUGGUCAAAAGAGGAAGUAUCCAUCUUCUGAAGAAGAAUAUGGUCAAUUUGAUACCAAGGAGUUCCUAGACAAAUCAAUAGUGGAGUUUCAUGGUGGUGGUAAUAGUGGAAGUAGUAUUAAGGAAGCAAUAGUAAUUGACUUAUCAGAUGAUGACGACGACGAUGAUGAGUAUAUGUGAACAACAUGGAGCUGUGUUCAUGGGAGUGAAACUUUUGAUGUGUUCAGUGACCUUCAUGCUUUUGGAUAACUCAUCAAUUAUUGGUGAUGGCACACUACCAUGUUUAUACCUGUCAUCUUCUAUCCAAGUUGUACUGCAUGUAUAGAUUCAAUCUCCAUUUUAUCAUCUCAGUUAAUGUGAAAGUUAUCCAGCUAUAAAUUGCUGUUUGUAAGAGAUGAAUGCUGAUUUGUGACUGGGCGGUAACCCUAAAUACCUUUAGCGUUUUAAGGUUACAAUUGCACUUUCAACUUAGUAUAUGGAUUCAAUUAAUGUUAGUGAUGGUGAAGUUUGUUUUUUUUGCAUAAGAGUUAUUUGGACAGAUUUUGGAUAUUAUUAUUAUUACUAUUACUAUUUAUAGA